AUUGAUCCCUGAAACCCAUCCACAAUUGGUAGCUCGUUGAUCCAAAUCCAAGACCUCACGUCAACGCACUGUCUCGCCUGUUAAUUAGUCGUCGACGUCGUCGUCUAUGUCCAGGCUGAUGGCUGCCAUGCUGCUCGGAGGCGCGCGCGUCGCCGGCGCCGCAAAGCUCACCGGUAACGGCAACGCUGCUGGCAUGCAGGCUCUUCCCAUGCCGGCGUGCUUCCUUCCGCCGCGCCCGCAGGCAGCGACCUGGACCCGCCUCUGCUUGCAGGCUGCGCCAAGAUCGUCCCAGGCAUACGACAACGCGCCGGAAGACCGGAGAGAAAUAGGGGACAAGUACAAGGACGCGGCGGAGGAGGCGAAGGACGCCACCGGGGACGCCAAGGAGCACGCCAAGAGGAUGGCCGGGGAGACGAAGAGCAGGGCGCAGGACAAGGCCGGCCGCGUGGCGGACCAGGCGUCGGGCAUGGCCGAGCGGGCCAAGGACCAGGCGAAGGGCGUGGCGGAGGACGCCGCGGACACGGCGUCCCGGGCGACGGAGCGAGCGAAGAACGAGACGCGUGACGCGGCGCGGGAGGCCGCGGACAGGGCGGGGCACGUGAAGGAGCGGGCCAAGGAGGCGGGACACGAGGCCGCGGACCGGGCGCAGGGGGCGGCGAAGGCGGCCAAGGACCGGACCGGGGAGGCGGCGGGGCGCGCCAUGGACAGGGCCGGGGAGGCCAAGGACCGGGCCGUGGAGGGGACCGCGUCGUACGGGGAGAAGGUGGUGGAGAUGACCAAGGAGGGCGCGGGGAAGGUGGCCGAGACGGCGCAGGCCAUCGGGGACAUGGCGAAGCAGGCGGCGCGGAGCACCUGGGACGCGGCCAAGGACACCGCGCACGGCGUCAAGGAGCGCGUGGUCCCCGACGCGGAGGACGUGGACGCCGCCGUGAAGGAGCGGGACCGGAUCGCGCGGGAUGUGGACAGGGUAGAGCGGGAGCGGAACAUGAGGGAGGCCAGGGAGAAGGGCUCGGGCUUGCCGUAGGCCCAGCUCCAAUUUUCCCUCUCCAGAAGACGAAUUUUACUCAACUAGCUAGCUGAAUAAAUGUUUGGCGAUACAUCGUGCGCGCGCCA